CCCUACUUUCACUUGCCUCCACUCAGAAUAAGCAGGGACUGUUUGUCGUGUGGUUGUGUGCUCUUCCAAUUUAGGCCACACAACCCACUCUUUUCGUCAUAUAAUUUUAAAAAAACCAAAAAAAUCAUAAAAUACAUAAAAGCAUAAAAAAAUAGUAAAAUAUAUUCAAAAAUACCAUAAAACUUUGAGACACUGAGAAAAAUGGCUUCUCUUUACGUUGGAGAUUUGCACGCGGAUGUCACGGAGGCCAUGCUUUUCGAGAAGUUCUCGACUGCAGGACCUGUUCUUUCGAUUCGAGUAUGCCGGGACAUGAUUACACGUCGCUCCUUAGGCUAUGCCUAUGUUAAUUUCCAGCAGCCUGCUGACGCUGAGCGAGCUCUGGAUACCAUGAAUUUUGACAUGCUGAAGGGUCGCCCAAUCCGUAUCAUGUGGUCUCAACGCGACCCCUCGCUGCGUAAGUCCGGCGUGGGCAACGUCUUUAUCAAGAAUCUUGACAAGACCAUCGACAACAAGGCCAUGUACGAUACUUUCUCGGCCUUUGGCAAUAUUCUGAGCUGCAAGGUGGCUACUGACGAGACAGGAAACUCGAAGGGCUACGGCUUUGUCCACUUUGAAACUGAAGAAGCCGCGAACAAGUCCAUUGACAAGGUCAAUGGCAUGUUGCUGAACGGCAAGAAGGUUUACGUUGGCAAGUUCAUUCCCCGCAAGGAACGCGAAAAGGAACUUGGAGAGAAGGCCAAGCGCUUCACCAAUGUUUACAUCAAGAAUUUCAGUGACGACAUCACUGACGACCAGCUGCGCGAGAUGUUCGAAAAAUACGGGCGCAUCACCAGCUACAAGGUCAUGAUUUCCGAUGACGGCAAGAACAAGGGCUUUGGCUUUGUCGCCUUUGAAGACCCCGAGGCCGCGGAGAGGGCCUGCGAGGAGCUCAAUGCCAAGGAUAUCAACGGGAAGGUACCUCUGUAUGUUGGACGCGCGCAGAAAAAGGCUGAGAGGCAGCAGGAGCUGAAGAGGAAGUUUGAGCAGCUCAAGAUCGAGCGCAUGAAUCGUUACCAGGGCGUGAAUCUGUAUGUGAAAAAUCUGGAUGACACCAUCGAUGAUGAGCGUCUGAGAAAGGAGUUCGCUCCUUUUGGCACUAUAACCAGUGCUAAGGUAGUGAUGCUGGAGGAUGGCAGGAGCAAGGGCUUCGGCUUCGUUUGCUUCUCUUCCCCUGAGGAAGCCACUAAGGCGGUGACUGAAAUGAACGGCCGCAUCGUCGGCUCGAAGCCGUUGUACGUUGCGCUGGCUCAGCGAAAGGAGGACCGCAAGGCCCACCUCGCGUCACAGUACAUGCAGCGAAUGGCCAACAUGCGCAUGCAGCAGAUGGGCCAGAUGUUCCAGUCUGCUGGCGGCGCCGGCUACUUCAUGCCGACCCUGACGCAGCCUCCACAGCGCUUCUACGGCACCCAGAUGGCCCAGAUCCGGCCGCAGCCGCGCUGGCCGUCUGGUCCGCAGGUGCGCCCGUCGACGCAGGCGGCCAGCGGCUCUGCCUUCCCGACAAUGCCGCAGACGUUCCGCUCUGUGCAGCGCGCCCCGACCAGCCAGCAGACGAUGCGCACGUCCAUCUCUGCCAGGCCCAUCACCGGCCAGCAGGGUGCGGCGGCCAUCCCAGGCCGCGCCCCCAUGCCCGCCGGCGUGGCUGUUAACAACCAGACCCGCCCGACUAACUACAAAUACACGGCCAACAUGCGCAAUCCGCCGCAGACCAUGCAGGUGCCCCAGCAGCCACAGGUGCAGCAGGCUGUGCACAUUCAGGGCCAGGAGCCCCUCACUGCCUCCAUGCUGGCGGCCGCGCCCCACAACGAGCAGAAGCAGAUGCUCGGCGAGCGUCUCUUCCCGCUCAUCCAAAGGAUGUACCCUGAUCUGGCGGGCAAGAUCACCGGCAUGUUGCUCGAGAUCGACAACUCAGAGCUGCUGCACAUGCUCGAGCACCAUGAGUCUCUCAAGGCCAAGGUGGAGGAAGCUGUCGCUGUGCUGCAGGCUCAUCAAGCCAAGCAGGCAGCCACCAAAAAAGAGUAAAGGGAGGUAUUCCGCAUAAAACAAUAUUGAAAAAACUAAAAAAAAUUGUAAAACCUUUGGAAAGCGAAAUAUUUUCAGAAAAGAGGCACGUUGAUAAACAAAACAAAAAAACAGUAAAAUGUAAAGCCCAAAAAAUUACUCUAUAACAAACAUUCACUUCAUUCCCGCGUGGCUAGACAGUUUGGUGGCCACUGCGAAAACUCUUGGUUAAUGUAAGAAAAUUGCAUUUUCAAUUAAAUGGGGAAAAUGUAAGUGCUGCAAGGGGUAGUCCAAAUUGUCUCCCUCUCUCUGUGGCAUCCAGCAUGCCUAGGUUUGAUGCGCAAUUAUAUGAACAGGACCAUGUUGUCUAUACAAGCCAGCAAUUGUUAUUUAGUAAUCUUCACCCCAUUGAUUUGAAUCUGUCAAAAUUCCAUCUCAAUUAAGUCGGAGGUCGCUUGUAAUGCUGCGCCUUAACAUCAUUUAACGUCCUAAACGAUUACGUGCCCCUUGCCAUGCACACAUCAAUGAAUUCAGUUCAGUGCUUAAAGGCACUGGACUCUUUGAAUUAUUUUCACCGUUUAGCUGGAUUUUGUUAAUGUUACACUGAGAAAUUGGUAUUGCCUUGUCUGUAUCUCCUAACCAUGUCGCGUUAACAAUAAACUUCCUCAUCUAAU